UAUAGCUGGUUUCUUCACAUGUUCCUCAGAGUUCUCUUCGGAAACUACACCUGGUGGCACAAUCUGAGACCAUUUAACUGAACUUAGAGCAUUCCAAAGCUAGUCGUGUACGGAAACUAACAACUGCAAGGCUUUUGAUAGUAACUCAUGGAAGCGCUCAAAGUCAUCUGCUUCUGGCUAGACCCUCUUCUUGUCCUGUUGUGUGGCUGUUGGUCCAUUGAAACGAAGACUGUAGGACACAGAAGAAGCAAUCAUACCAGCAACAGCGACACGGAGGAGUUUCAUCAUGACAUACAAUAUCGAGAGGCUCCAUCGGGUGUUGUGUAUACACUAUCAGGGAACGACAAUCAUGCUCCUUGCGUCUUCCCGUUCAUUUACAAUGGCAUGGAAUUCACGGAAUGCACAUGCAUUGACUGUAAACACGAUAAAGUAUGGUGUGCGACGACCAGUAAUUAUGACAGAGACAGGAAAUGGGGACACUGCCAGACAGACGACGAUGUCACAGACUGCAGGGAUCUUCACAGCCGCUGCGGAGAAUGGGCAAGAGACGGAGAAUGUGUGGUAACUGCUCCUUACAUGCGACGCAGGUGCCCGCGAUCUUGUGGUCUGUGUACCCAUGGGGGAAAUGGGCGAGGAGCUGCAUGCAUGUUUCCAUUUUUCUACAAAAACAGAUUUGUGUAUGACUGUCUGUAUUUUAAUAAGAAGACCUGGUGUGCGACGACAACCAACUAUAAUAAGGACAAGAGAUGGGGCUACUGUUUUCCUAAAUGUAAGUUUAAUUAGUUACUGUGGCAAGUUUAACCUUGGGGCGGGCCUCUCAUUUAAAAGGAGACCAACCUGAGCGUGAGCUUGAGACAUAUUCCACUCCAAAAAGAUGAUAUUCCAAAUUAGUAUCAUCCAACUAGUGGACUAAU